UUCUUGCCGGGGCGACCCUUAAAGCCGUAGCGCGGCUCGGAUUGGCCGGAUGGCUCCACUGGGCCCUGUCGCAUUGUCAAGGAUGUCCGGCAGAUCGGUGACGUACACGGAUGGGGCUCCCAUGACUGCAUCUCGGUUUUGCCUGGAGAUACUGUGGUACCUGACAAUGAUGUAAUGGGAGAGAGACCCUGUGCUACUCUGUUUUCCUGAUGAUCGUGGGCCAAAAAAAGACUAUAUAGGUCUUUGUUCGCCCGCUCAACUAACUGUACAGCAGCGACCAUCCCGCCAAUAUCAUAACCAGCCCUACCGGGCCUCAAUUUUGUCCAUCAUGAAGUCCUUCGUCACGGUCCUCGCGCUCAGCGCCCUUGCCACAACCUCAACUGGCAUCGCCUUCAAUCCGCUCCACCAUUUGGCCGGAAUCACACCGUACUAUGCGCCUCAGGACCCUCCCAUUGACCCCAAGCCACACCCUGGGUGCAAUGUGACCCGCGCUGCAUACCUCGUGCGCCAUGCCGCCAUCUACGCCAACGACUUUGAUUACGAGUCGUACAUUGAGCCGUUCGUCGAGAAGCUGCGCAACACCACGCAAGACUGGAACUCAACCGGCGCGCUCUCCUUCCUCAGGAACUGGAGCGCGCCCAUCGACGACGAGCAUCUCGAGAAGUUGACUCGUGUCGGUCUGCAGGAAGCAACCACUCUGGGUGUCAAGCUGCACCAGCACUACCCAACGCUUCGCGCAGCUAAGGUGUGGGCCUCCACUGCCGAACGCACUGUCAAGUCCGCCGAGGGAUUCAUCAACGGCUACACCAACAACCAGUCCUCCGCUAUUGGUCUCGUCCAAGUGGCCGAGUCCAAGUCGACGGGCGCUGACUCUUUGACCCCAUACAAGGCGUGCCCGGCCUACAGCUCCAGCUACGGCAGCGACCAGUCAUCGGAAUUCAUCGAGCACUACACCCGCCCCAUCACCGCGCGCCUCGAUGCCCUGGCUCCGAAAUUCAACUUCACUUCCGACGACGUGACCGCCAUGUUCGAGCUGUGCGGCUACGAGACCGUGAUCCGAGGCUUCUCGCCCUUUUGCUCGCUGUCGCUCUUCACCUCGGCCGAGUGGCUCUCCUUUGAGUACGCCAACGACAUCAUGUACUUCUACAACACGGGCUACGGCCGUCCGCUGAGCCCGCACAUCGGCCUCCCCUGGGCGCAGGCCAGCUGGGAGAUGGUCUCUGGCAACACCAACGCCAGCGACACGCUAUACGUAUCAUUUACGCACCGCGAGCUCCCGCCCACGGUCGUCACGGCUCUGGGCCUGUUCAACAACAGCGCCUUCACCGGCGCCGACAACAUCAACACCACCAUGCCGCUCGAUCAGGUCAACUACAACCGUGCCUGGAAAAGCAGCCACAUCCUUCCGUUCUUGGGCAAUAUCGCCAUUGAGCGGCUGGAGUGUGAUGUGCCGGGCUUCGAGGACCCGGAGUACUACCGGGUUUUGGUCAAUUCAGCCCCGCAGCCAUUGGUCGGCUGUCGCGAUGGACCUGGGGAGAGCUGCUCCCGGGAGGGAUUUAGCAAGUUUCUGAAGGAGAGGGAAGAACUGUAUGGUGAUUUUGGUGGGGCGUGUGGUAAUGAUUCUGCUGUGGAGACUUUGAACAUUUAUAACUAGUGUAUAUUGGGCUGUGGAUAAGAGGUUGGAUUAAUGCUGCGGAAGAUAGACAUAUGAUUAAUGAUGAUGUACUGUAAUAUACAAGUUCUUCUUUCAUAAUAACCACAAGCAAGGUUCAUU